AAAAAAGAAAAAUAUCAAACAAAUCGAGGCUGCCUGCGAACAAUCCAACCCCAAACAACAACUUCGUGGCACCCGAUUUCUAUGCAAUUUGUUCGAGCAAGGGUUUUAAUUACUGCAGUGGUUUAAAUUUUCGGUUCGCGGGGUUGAGAUGACGCGCUGUUGUUUCUUUUAAGUUAGGUGAUUCCAUCUCCAGGGUUUUGGUUUGUUCUUUGCAUUAUUCAAUUCGGCUUUGUUUACCGGUGUUUCUAUCAACUACUCAAGUGGGGUUUGAUCCAUUGGGUUUUGGUUCUGCAACAAUGAGAUUUGGUUUGCAUUGUAUGGUUUCUCCCUGGGAGAAUUCCGGCAUGUUUGGAAGUUGAAAUAACUUUAUCCGCCUUGGGAAUUUUGAGUUUUUUCCCCUCUCUCUAGGAUUUCAAGCAUGCUGCUUUACUUUCUAUAUGCGUAGACUGAGAGUUUGGUCUGCAUUAUAUGUUAUGCAAAGCGGAUUUGGACUUUUUUGGUGCUGGAGAUAACUGUAAAUUGGGUUGCAAACGGGUUUCAGCUAUUCUUUAGUUCUGAGAAUGGUGUAGGAAUUUGUUCAUUGAGCAAUGCAAUCCCAGCAGGGCUCUAGAAUCGACUUAGGUGAACUGAAAUCUCAGAUAGUGAAGAAGAUUGGAGUUGAGAGGUCAAAAAGGUAUUUUUAUAAUUUGAGUAGGUUUCUAAGUCAGAAGCUCAGUAAAUGCGAGUUUGAUAAGUCAUGUUACCGCUUUAUUGGGAGGCAGAAUCUGUCACUGCAUAAUCAGUUGAUACGUUCAAUCUUGAAAAAUGCAUGUCAGGCUAAGACUUCACCCCCAGUUCAUGAAGCUCCCGUGAAAUCUUUGAUACAAACUGUGAAAAGGUCUCCUGGUAGAGAAGAUGCACAUGAACAGAAUGGAUCCCUUGUUCCCAACCAAAAUGUGGACAUUUGGUCAAAUGGGGUUUUCCCAGUGUCAUCCCCACGAAAGGCUAGGUCUGGAGUACGGGAUAGAAAGCUCAGGGAUAGACCCAGCCCACUUGGGCCAAAUGGGAAGGUUGAGAGGGUCUCAGAUCACUCGAUUGGAAUGGAAGAUAAUGGCAGUGAUUUGAUUCCUUAUGAUUACCAGAGACCAGUACAGAAUCUUCAAUUAGUUGCUGAGCUGCCUGAAAUUGAAAGAGAAGGUUACGUGCACUUUACAGAAAAACCAAGACUGCUUAGUAAAAACCAGGCUGGAGCAGCUGUUGUUGAAGAUUGGGAGGAGCUGGAGCAAGCUAACCACAAUAAUCUCUCCAGAAGCCGUCUGCUAGCACCACUUGGGAUCCCAUUUUGCUCAGCUAGUGUUGGAGGGGCCUUCAAAGCUUUGCCAGUAGCAAGCAGUGGUGACUUCGUUAGCUACUAUGGCUGUGGUGGUUUAUAUGAUAUUGAGACAUUGAAGACACGUAUGGAGCAGAUUGCAGCAGCACAGGGCCUUGGUGGGGUUUCUGUGGAAUGUGCUAGUAUGCUAAAUAACAUGUUGGAUGUAUACUUAAAGAAACUUAUCAGGUCAUGUGUAGAUCUGGUGGGAUCAAGGUCUACACCAGAAUUGAAAAAGCAAUUUGCCCACAAGCAGCACCCUCAAGGCAAGCUUAUGAAUGGUAUGUGGCCAAGUAACCACUUGCAUAUGCAGAGUAGCUCUGGGCCCACAGAAAUUUUGCGGGAACCUGGGCAGAAUUGCUCGAUAUCUUUGCUUGAUUUUAAAGUGGCAAUGGAGCUAAAUCCCCAGCAGCUGGGUGAAGAUUGGCCGUUGGUACUAGAAAAAGUUUGUAUUCAUUGUUUUGAGUAGUGAAUGCCGUGCAAAUUUUUCUUGACAAAAAUGAUCACUGAAGAUCACAGUUCUUCCCAUUACUGACAUUAAUCAGAUGGUGCCCAAUUGCAUAAAGCUCUGACCCUUGAAGAUGAAAUUGUGGGUUAAAGUGUGGGCAUGCAUGUACCCCUUCCACAGAGCCAGGAUGGAUCUGGAAAUUACUUUUGAGCAACUGAGCUAAGAUGCUUGAAAAGGAAGUGCUGACAACUGGUUGUCAUGUUGUAUGAUUAGCAUUGUUUUGGCUAUCUACACAUCUCAAGCUUUGUUUGCAAACUACAGUCAACAAGUAGGAAGCCUAAGAAAAUUUUGCUGGAAAACUGUUUUGUAGCUUGUUGAAAGGUAAACUUACUUAUGUAGGGGAUGCUGCAUAGCGCUGUAUAAUUUUAAAAUCUGAGAAUUUA